CUCCUUCCUUCCUCUCUACUAAAACCGGUACCAUUGAAAAGGGCGCCACGACGACGAUGGCCAAGGCAGCGAUUGACUAUUCGCUCUACCUCGUCACGGGCCGCGAGCUUCUGCCGGCGGGCGUGGACUACUACGACUCGCUCGAGGCGAGCCUGUCGGGCGGCGACAAGGUGACGGUGGUGCAGCUCCGCGAGAAGCACGUCGACACGGCCGAAUUCCUCGAGAUUGCAAAGCGCAGCCUUGCCAUCUGCGACAAGCAUGGCGUGCCGAUGCUCAUCAACGACAACCUGAGCGUCGCGCUGGCGCUGCCUCCCCGGGUCGGACUGCAUAUUGGCCAGACGGAUCUCCCCUUGGCUGAAGCGAGACGGCUGCUUGGACCCGAGCGGCUGCUGGGCAUCUCGGUGCACAACGUCGAGCAGGCGCGCGCCGUGCUUGCCGAAGGGAUAGCCGACUAUGCUGGCGUGGGGCCAUGCCACGGCACUCAGAGCAAGGCGGGCAUUGGAGAGAAGGACGUUCUCGGCCCUCGCGGCACGAGAGAGGUUGUGGCCGCCCUCGCAUCGGCCGAUGGGAAGCAGAGGUUGCCGUGCGUGCUCAUUGGUGGUCUGAACCAGAAGACGGCGCAGAGGACGCUCUAUGGCGCCACGAGCGAGGCCAACCACCCCGAUGGCAUCGCCGUCAUCAGUGCCAUCGUCGGGCGCAGGGACGCCGACGUGGCCGCCUCGGAGCUGUCGAGUAUUGUUGGCGCAUUCAAAGCGCAGCUCCCAUCAGACAUAUCCCCUGGCAAGCUCAGCCUUUUCGACGCUGGCAAGCAGUGGUCAGAUACAUCUGCCCUGCUCAAGCGCGCCACGCAGAUCUUUGCCGCCCACCGCCAGUCCACGCACGGACCGCCGCUGAUCCAGACACUGACGAGCCACGUCUCGUCGACGCUCUCGGCCAACGUCGCGCUCUGCUUCAGCGCGAGCCCCAUCAUGAGCCACCAGGACCAAGAGGCAGAGGAUCUCGCCAGGGCCACGGGCGCCGUCGUUCUCAACAUUGGCACCAUUGGCGAGGAGGCCAGGAGGGGCAUGAAGGCCGUGGGCGCAGCGGCUAAUCGGGGUGGCAAGCCGGUGGUGCUUGACCCCGUCGGCGUGGGAGCGUCUGCCUUUCGCAGGGCUGCCGUCGAGGAGAUCAUGGACGACACCCAGGUGACCUUACUCAAGGGCAACAGCGCCGAGCUUUCGUCGAUUGCAGGCCUGAGCGAGGUCACGUCGCGCGGCGUCGACAGCGGCUCGGGCAGCCUCAAGGACCCCGAGGGGCUCGUCCGAAGCCUGGCGAGAAAGGAGCGCUGCCUCGUGCUCCUCUCCGGCAAGGUCGACUAUCUCUCGGACGGACACCUCGUCGUGCGCGUCGAGAAUGGCCACGAACUAUUGGGAAGGAUCACGGGUAGCGGCUGUGCGCUUGGUGUCACCAUUGCAGCUGGCCUUGCCGCGGCAUGCAACGUCGCUCGGGGGGACAGCGUCAAGGGGCUCUCCACUGCCAUGGUCCGAGCACACCCGCAGGACCUCAUUCCUGGUGCACUCGUCGGAAUCCUGGCCAUGACGAUUGCCUCGGAGCUGGCGGCAGCGAGGCAGGACGUCAAGGGCCCUGGCACCUUCAUCCCGGCCCUGUUGGACGAGCUGGCGAGCAUCACGCCCGAGACAAUGGCGAGCCGGGCCAAGAUCUCCGUCUCACAAUAGACUCUUGCGAAUGGGAGACUGUCUCUCUGUGUGUCAUUUAUCUUGUACACGAAGAUGUUUGUUGUUCACUGCAUCGCACUCUAAAAAAACAAGCAUUCAGUCU